CCUUUCACCAAUGAGAAACCUUUCGGCACGCCCAUUGCUCCAGGCUGCAGCUACCCCUGUCUCAAUUUUAACGAAACGGAGAUUCUUGCGAACUAACUCAAGCCCUAUAUCGGCCUCUGAUACAUAUUCAUACGCGUGUUUUCUUUCUGUUUAAUCGAUACGAGCAGCGGUGAAAUUAACGCGUUUCACGUAUUCGUAUGAGUUAAACUUCCCAUCAUGCCAAUCGCCGGAUCACGACGACAACGAUGCUUGAACAUACGAAGCAGCAGGUAAACAAGUCUGUCGAGCUGCUGUAGAGAUGCUUGGUAACAGUGAUUUCAAAGCGUUUCGCUCAUUGCGGGAUGAUGGAGGUUUCAUAACCAAGACGCAAAGUGCUCUUCAGUCUCAAGCUGCGUGUACGCGCUCACAAAUGGGACAUUUUGGGCACAACUGAGAGCUUCAAAACUGCGUCUGUACACUUCAUAGUGUUUAUUGCGAUGGGACCCAUCCUGCAGGAACAAACUGCGUCUGCGACACUGAGGAAGGUGCCAGGCAAGGAGAAGGUUAGAACAAAAAAUGCCGAAAACACUGGGAUUGUUGCCAGCAAUAAUAAGAGAGGUGGAAAUGUGUAUCAGAAUAAGAAACAUCUUGAAAAAACAGUGCCCUUGCAUCCUGGGCAAGAGAAGGAUCCGGUGCCCAAAGCGAAAAUUGUCCAAACUGCCAUUAAACCAAAGAAAGCUAAGAGUCCGACUGGGGGCACUUGCAAGUUGCGUGGCACACAGGGUGAAUCAGAUCUGAGGCCUCCACGUCCCAAACUCUCUUGUCCGGAAGGCGGACAGGAGAGGCUGAAAAUCCAGCUGGAGCCUCAGUGCUGUAAAGAGAUGCUACAGAGCCGCGUGGCCUUGGAGAAGAGUCGUCGUGCUCUAUCAUUGCCCUUGGCUCCUCAGCCAGUGCUGCAGCAGUUCCCCUCGCAGAAACAACUCUCAGACCUGGACUCACUCCACCUCCUGGAGCACAAGGAGGACGACACGGACAGCGCCAGUGACCUGUCCGACUCUGAGAGGCUCCCUGUGCUGCCUUCCCCCUGCACUCCUCCUCAGCUCAACCUCCGAGCCGAGGUCUUCAACUCCAUGGACCUGCAUCCUCACAUACCUGGACCCAGGACAGUGGAGAACAAUGAAGUGAGCUAUAUCUACCCAGACUUCCUGCCAUCUCCAUUCAAUACUUGGAGCUUGAGGCAGCUUGCCAUCUUCCUCAACACGGAGGGUAAGCGGGCUCCCCGGCCAAAACCCGUAGGGCAGCUAGAGAAUUAUUUAGAGUGCCUCCUCCAGCUGGAGUGGCACCAGAUCCAAACCAUUCAGGCAGAGAACGGACGGCACAUCGUGCCCAUCAUCCGAACAAGAGCUCAGGCCGCCAGUGUCCUAGUGAACGGCAACCGGCCUAGGCCUCAUACUGCUCCUCCAACACGCCUCAGCUCCCCGAAAAGCUUUCAGCAGGGUCAGAAGGCCUUCUUCUCUUCAGUGGUCAGCCCAUCUCACACCCAGCUUUCUCGUCCUGUCUGCCCCUACUGCCACAUCCGCUAUCCGCUCUGCAAAGGCACCUGCUCUCCGUAUGCCUACCAGCGACAUUCCCGCCUCAGCCCCCUGCUAGAGCGCAAAGCUCCCCCUGCCAACUCCCAAAAGAGGAGCAGCAGCGAAAGCCGGGCUUCUAUCUCCGAAAACCGUGCUACUUUGAAAAACCAGCAUCCAGUCAGUCCUCAGGCAGCAAAGGCUCAUCAGAAACACAUACAAGCCGCAGGAAAUGUGCGCAGGGCAUCUCAUGAACUUAACACAAAUGGAAAAUCCCAUUCUUCUGUCAGGAAAGGAAAGACUGGAAGGUCAAACGAAGUAGAAAAACAGAAAGAUCCACUUGGAGCAAAAUGUGGAUGGGUUGAUAGGCAUGAUCCUGUUGGAAUGAAACGUGAAGGUGGUGGUCUUAGGAAAAAAAUGGUAAAGGAUGGUCCGAGAGUCGAAACGGGUGAAGUACGACUAAGUUCUGGCGUUAAAAGAACGGUCACUGAUGGCUGCGAUGCAAAGGUCACGUCGGCUACCAAGACUUCUGGCAAAAUAAAACAUUCUCACUACACCAAGUAGUUAGUGCACCUUGCACGCAAUUUUCAGUAGCCUCAAAAACAAUUCCAUUUUGCAUACUGUAAAGAAGAGCUAAUUAAAACAUUAUCCCUGCAGUUAACUGUAGUAGUUUGUAAAAAGGAUACAAGUACGGUCACAUUUUUGCAAAAUUUAGCAGGAAAAAAUGUUCAUUGUCUUUUGUCAAUAACUCACGCAGAAUUCACUUUGAGCUUUCUGACGGUCAAUAGGGACCAACUGGAGCCCGUUUUGAAAUGUGCAUGGGAUUGCAUGGAUUCCUUUUGAAAUGCUUGGAUUUUACCCAUCUAAAUUUGCCGGAUAACUACAAAUGUGACCGCACCUUUAAAAAAAAAAAGCAUCCUUCUCUUUAGAAAUCACGCCUUUUCAUCAUUGUUACAGUAGAACUUCAAAGUGCAUUUCUUGAAUAAGAUAUAUUUAUUUUAUCUGCCUAAGUACACAAAAGCCGGCUAUCUUUACUUACUGUACGCGAAAAUCCUCUAUAAAAUGAAAUGUACUUAAAUCUAGUGUGCAUGUAAAGUACAUAUCUCUGGCUGAGAAUGUCAGAUUGUCAGGCUCUUUGUCAAGUAAGCACUAUGGGUCAAAGAAUGUAUAUUUUUUAGAUGAAUAUUGAAUGUUUUAUAACGACUGUAUUUUUGUAAAUUGCUCUUUACAAGGACUUCUUUUCUUGUUAUUUAUUAAAUCAUUUAUCUGUUUAUUACAAUGAGUUGACACUUAAGUUAAAUAAGAAUGUUUUAUCUUUGAAUGUUUAGGAACUCAUUACUUAGGUUUCCAGUAAGUUAGAUGUCAUUGAAUUGUGAAUUGUAAGGAUUGCUUAUGGUGGUUCUGUGGUGCGGUUUGUGUUUAUGGAGAUGGACCUACUGUAAGCUAUAAAAUGUCAAGAUAUUACGGUCAAGGUUAUCUCUGUUUGUUUACUUUUUGAGAACUUUUCAGGUGAUUACAUUGACCUUCAUGUCUCUAAAUAUAGCAUGUUUAGUUUAAUUUUACAGAAACAAUGAUGGUAGUGGUUUUGUAGUUUUAUAUGUACUGUAAUGCAUUGUCAAGAUACUUGAAUAUGACUUGAAAGUUGGUACAGGUUGAGGCUAUACAGUACAUGGUACAACAUUUCCAUAAUUGAUGUACUGUAUCUACUGUAGCAUCAUUUCAUUUCGGAUGUUAUGUACUGUGUGAAGUCCCUUAUCAGGCAAAAAAAACCACACAAAUCUACUUUUGUCUUAUCAUUGUCAGAUGUGCUUUUAUUUUGAAGAGUUGAAUGCAGCUAUUUUUAUGAGCUCCAGAAUAAACAGUUUUCAUUACCUCAUCAAA